AUGGUCAACAGAGCAGCCGCAAAGCUCCGAGCACAGCUCGCCGACAGGGACAACAUCAUCGUCUGUCCAGGAGUGCAAGAUGGACUGUCCGCACGAGUGUGCCUCGAUGAGGGCUUCCAGAACCUCUACAUGACCGGCGCAGGCACAGCAAUGUCCGUCCUGGGCAUGCCCGACCUGGGCCUGACAACAGUAGACGACAUGGCCCGCAACGCAGGCAUGAUAGCCAGCCUCGACCGCUCGGUGCCGGUCAUCGCGGACGCGGACACGGGCUUCGGCGGGCCCCUGAUGGUCGCGCGGACGGUCGAGAAGUAUGCCUCGGCCGGCGUGGCGGCCCUGCACAUCGAGGACCAGGUGGCGGCCAAGCGGUGCGGCCACCUCCUGGGGAAGGAGCUCGCCGGCGUCCCCGAGUACGUCGCGCGCAUCCGGGCCGCUGUUGCCGCGCGGGAGGCGCUGGGCGACGACAUUGUCAUCAUCGCGCGGACGGACGCGCUGCAGUCGCUCGGGUUCGAGGGGGCCAUCGCGCGGCUGAGGGCGGCCGUCGAGGCUGGGGCGGACGUUGUGUUCCUGGAGGGCAUGACGAGCAGGGAGCAGAUGGCCGAGUGUGUCGAGGUGAUGAAGCCGACGCCGUGCUUCCUGAAUAUGGUUGUGGGCGGUGUGACCCCGCUGGUGGACAGCGAGGAGGCGAGGAGGAUGGGGUACAGGAUUGUGAUAUGGCCUUGCUUCUCGAUGACUGCUGCGAUGCUGGCGUACCGGGAGGCCGCGAGGGAGCUCAAGGAGCUGGGCAUGAACAAGGAGAGGAGGAACGACAAGGGUGAGAUUGUCGGUGGUGUCAGGCAGUGUUUUGAGGUUUGUGGACUGACCAGAUACUCGGAUUUCGACAAGGCCAUGGGCGGCCAGGCGUUCUCGAAGGGUGUAUAAUUAAAACAGCCAGCCCCUUCGUAAGUGUGCGACCCUUCGAAAACCAGAGCGAUGUACUUGGACGGUUUGUAGAGAGUGGAAGCGUUUACCCUGG